AUGGCCUCUGUCGAUCGUCAAAACCUCUCUGAAGAAUAUGAUCGACACCAUGGUGAAGAAAUAUACCUUGAGAAUGCGCCAUUAUUGGAAAAAUUGAAAGAUCUGAGUUAUGUAACUUUCAUGUUGAUUGGGGUGGCAUUGCUGUGGCCAUGGAACAGUUUUUUGAGUGCUUCACUCUACUUCCAGCAUGAUGUUUUUCAUGAUGACACUAUUUAUGCCAGGACAUAUAUAAGCACCAUGAUGACUAUAUCUACUACAUCAUCUGUUAUGUUCAACCUUUGGCUCUCGAAGAGACAGCACAGCUAUGCGGAAAGAGUUGUCAGAGGGCUUAUUUGGGAAGUGGUCGUGUUUGGAUUACUUGCCGUUUUUGUUUUAGUCCGUAAGGUCUUCCCUGACUGGCUAAACUUUUUGUUUUUGAUGACAAUGGUGUUAAUUAGUUCUUGCGGAACAGCCAUGACCCAAAAUGGUGCCAUGGCUCUGGCCAACGUCUUUGGGCCUCAGUUCAGUCAAAGUGUGAUGAUGGGCCAGGCUGUAGCUGGUGUACUGCCAUCUCUCGUACUCUUCGGAGUUUCCUUCAUUGGGGACCCUCGCAAUCAAAGCGUUGGUGGCAUUUUCGCGUAUUUUUGCACCACGAUUGCUGUCUCUGCCAGUUGCAUUGUCCUAUAUCGUAUCAGUGGUAUCGGAAGCGCAGACAAGCGGGAACUGCUGCUAAACGAACAAACUGACGACAUCGAGGAUAACACCGUAUCGUUUGCAGUACUGUUCCAAAAGCUAAAGUAUUUGGUUUUGUCCAUUUUCACUACCUUUAUCGUUACGCUCCUGUUCCCGGUUUUUGCUGCCAACACGUUCGUAAUGGGACUACCAAUGCACAAUGCCCAAUACAUCCCAUUUAUCUUCACAGUAUGGAAUCUGGGAGACCUUUAUGGGAGAGCAAUUUCAGACUACCCUGUUUUUCAAUCCGCAAACUUUACGCCGUUUAAGACGUUCUUGUAUUCUAUUGCUAGGGCCGGACUUGUCCCUUUAUUUUUCUGUUUUAAUUUGAACGAUAGCAGAAAGCCCUCCGGGUCGGUUCUGUCCGAUUUUGGCUACAUUUUGCUGCAAUUUUUGUUUGGGGUGACCAAUGGCAAUGUCCUUUCAAUAAGCUUCAUGAAGGUGAGUCCCCAGCUUAGCUCAGACAAAGAACGCAAAGCCGCAGGCGGUUUCACGAACAUCUUUCUGUCUUCAGGGCUGGCUUGCGGCAGUCUAGUAAGCUACGUGUUUGUGUAUAUCGUAAGCACAAUUGAAAUGGGGCGUCCAUAA